AAAAGAAACAGUAGAGUUUGACACGUGAGAUGAGCAACAAGCGUAUUAUUUUACUCUCCACCGACAGAUGAGAGCAGUAUUAUUGCUGUUUGAGUUUCAGAGAGUCGUGUGAGGAACUACUGAGAGUUUCAGACUGAUUUUCUGAACUGAACUGAUGAAGAAAUGAAGUUUCCACUGAUAGUUUGUGUGUUUCUGCUGACGGUGAGCAGUUCACUGUCUGUGAACGUUACAGUGAGUGGAACAGAGGGACGAGGAGUGAGCAUUACCUGCCCUUAUCCAGAAGGAUAUUUAUAUGCUUACAGUUACAAAUACUUCUACAGAGGACAUUACAGAGACCGUGUCAUUAUAUUAGAAUCUGAUGGAAUACAGACUUUUGCGAUGAAUGGCAGAUUCUCACUGAAGGAUAAUCGUCAGACCAGAUCAUUUACAGUGACCAUCAGUAACCUGAAGAUGGACGAUGCUGGACCGUACGGCUGUAAAGCUGGACAUGAAUAUGCAAACUACCAACAAGUGGAGCUUAUUGUGAUCAGAGCUCCAGAGACAACAACACGUGUCCAGAUCUCAACAACCAGCAUUAGUCCAUAUACAAACAGCAGCACUGAACACACCAGCACAGCGUCGCCUUCAGAUCUGGCUUCUGUUGCUGGCGGUCUGGGUUCGGUUCUGCUGGUUCUGACUCUGUGUUGUGGAACCUUCAUCAUCCUGAAGAAGAGGAAGAGGAAAUCUAGGACAGCUUUAUUUCAGCAAAACAUGCAGCGCAAUACAGAGACUGACCACAUGUCUGAGGAGAUUCCAAACACAGACUUUAACAUGGUAACGUCUUCAUCCAAUCAGACGCCUUCAUCUUCAUCCAAUCAGACGCCUGCAUUACACCUCAACAACUGCACAUAUGAAUCUACUGGUUAUGCCACAGUAACCAAUCAGCAGCUUGAUUCAAACCCCACUCACACCCACUCGACCAAUCAGCUGACAGAUACAGCCGGUGAUUAUAACUACCUAACAGCAACACAUCCACAAAACAUCACACCAGACGAGGAUCCGCUUGAAGCUCCACGAUUCUCCGUCGAUUUUCUUGUGUAAAACGGAAAUUGUGAUUCUCC